AUGUGCAUUAUUUACUUCUCAGAUGCUGCAAUCGACAUGUUGCCAAAUGGCAUCACCACAGUUGGUAAAACAUUUCGAGUGGUGUGCACAGUUAUUGGGGAGAAUUUUGUUGGGUGGGAAGAUGUUAAUGGUCAGCGGGUCACUAAAGUUCCAGAACCGGACGAACUACCUGAGGAGAAAUACUACAGGCUAAUUAGAGGAAACAGUCACACACUUGUGAUCCAAAACGUUGCUGUAGCGGACGGAGGGAACUACACCUGUCGUGGAGACAAAACUGUCAAGGAGUUUACUCUAUACGUCGAAUGUAGGUGUUUUUGAUGCUCAGUUUUUACAGAAGUACAUUCCUUACUCGUUACGUAAAUUUUUUAGAGCGUUUUUCGAUGGAGUGUCGUAAAACCAAACCAAAGUCAUCACAACAACCAAUUAGAAAAAAGGAAAAAACUUUAAAUUGCCGAUGAGAACAUGAAGUUAAAACAGCUUACCAGCGCGGGAAAAUGCAGGCGACCAGGUCGUGAUUGGUUUUAGUUUUGCAUCUGAUUGGUUGAAAGAGUGGCGCGCGUUUUCUGGACCAAUCACAGAGCGAAAUAAGACAAAAUCAAAUCAAACCCAGUUUAAAUUCGAUACUUAACAGAAAAUUGCUUGAACUUUGCCUAGUCUAACCUUAAUUUCAAUUGUUAAGAGACACCUUUAUCGAAUACACAGACCUUCCAAACAGAGUAAGAUCUGGAUACGAGAUAAAGGACAGUCUUUAUGAUCUCUGAAAUGGAGAGUGGGAUUUUGAGAGCCAAGUAAACGAUUGAUUUACUCUUCCCUUUAUUAGCUCAAGAUCGAUUUGAUUCUUACUGACUAACAUUCCAUUCUCACGACAGCUUCUGCAUCUGAUUCAAACCUACUCUAUGGUACAAUGACAUACACUGUAUUCGACGGUAACAUUGACAUGUAUUGGAUGGGAAAAAGUUAAUUUGUAAUUUGUUCCAGUAUAACUCCCUUUUCAACUUUCUUGAUGUCAUCUAUUCUUACCCUAAUCCACUUUUUUCUUUCGUUUCCCUUCUCUGUUCAGUUUUCGUCACACAGUUUCCCUCGGAUCAAAGUCUCUUCGUUGGAAAGGCAGGAAUCAUUCAAUGUUCCGCCAACGGCUAUCCUAAACCAACUUUCAAAUGGUACAAAAACAGAAGGGUGAUUAACUUAUCCGAUCCUCGCUUCACUCGUCUGUCCAACGGCUCUCUUCUGAUUGAUCCAGUUCACGAACUGGACGCAGAUGAGUACAUCUGCCGCAUUGAACAGCUGGGGGCAGGUACAGACCAAGAAACAAAUCUACGAGAGGAGCAGAAAGUCAUCACGGUCACUGUCAAUGGUACGUUUCGUCUAGAAAAGAGAAGCUGACUUGCUUGUCUAUUGUGAAAUGUCAGGAUUAGCUUCUUUGCGUAAACUUCAGUAAAAGGCCAGGAAUUAAAAGAAAAAAAAAACUGUGAAAUAGAAAUAUGGAUUAAUUAAUGGAGUAGUUUUCAAGUGACUGUCGUAAAACCGAAAAAAAAAAGAAGAGAUCACAACAGCCAAUCGUAACUAAGGUUAGCGUUAUCAGUAGCCAAUGAGGACUCAAAAGAAAAAGAGGCGCACUACGAAAAGCGGGAAAACCCGGGCGACCGAGUCAUGCGUUUAAUUUGUUUAGAGUAUGGUGUGUGUUUUCUUGACCAAUCAUAGACCAAAGUAAAGCUAAAAGAAAGCAGUCCCAGAUUACUUUCGCCAUGCAAUUGAAAAUUAUUCUAAUUAACAGACCCUUUAAUUUGUUGCCAGUAAUUGAAAUAGUAUGCCCGUUACUUCUCUGAUUCCCCAGUUUCCAGUUCAUUACUGAAGGCAAUUUGGUUAUCCUUUGUUGUAGUGCCUUCAUGAUGCUUUUUUAUUAGUUGGAAAUCUCUUACUUUCACUUUAGGGUUUUCACCACUGAUGACUGCUUUGCACUUAAACAUCUCACUUAAAAUAAUUUCUUUUCUCCUACAGGUCCGCCACGCAUCAAUCUCGACAAGUCCUCGCCCUCUAAUCUGUAUUCGUUCAUUGGUAACCCUUCCCCAGUGACAAUAAAGUGCCUAUGGUGGGGAUAUCCAGUUCCUGAUAUCCGCAUAACAAAGGGUAAUAAAGAGUUACCGAGUGAAGAGGUACAAUCUAAUCCACCACGAUUGGAGGCUACUGUAACUGUGAAAAAUGAUGAGGAUUUUACAACCUACACAUGUCACGCGACCAAUGUGUAUGACUCAGCGUCUUAUGACGUCGCCAUCAAUAAAGCCGGUAAGUGGUGUUGUCCAAAGGGAUGGGAGGGUCAGGUUGGUUUGUCAAUUUAAGUUCCCUUCACGAUAACUGUGUGAGAGUUUGAAAGUCUCAUACCCAGUAUGCAGUGAAGUGCUUUUCUGUUUAUUUUGUUUUGUUUGUUUUCUUUUCCCUCGUUUGUUUGUUUGUUUUAACUCAAUUUUAAAUUUAUGCUAGGAAAACCCAGUCCUCCGACAAACAUCACGUUCGUUACCACAUGUGAUCACUUAACAGUGGCCUGGAGAGAGCCGGAGUCUGAUGGAGGUUUGCCACUGACGCAUUACACCAUAGAGCUAAAGGAUGCCGGGAACUCGCUAGAUGUCGUGUAUAUCGGUGUACAAACUACAAGGUUUACCUUCACAAACCGCGAGGGCGUGAAACCGAGGACACUAUACAACGUCGCAUUACAGGCUUUUAACCAACUUAAUGACGGAAAUAAAGGAGAGAAGGAUGUCGUGUCUGCUUACUGUGAGUGAUAUGGUGACAUCUUCUUUUAAAUCAAAACAUGGAGCUACGCUUGUAUUUUGAUGUUAAGCCUAAAUUUUGCAAAUUUCGUUCCUAAAAUCCGUUUUUAUCUUCGCUAUUCGUUAAUAGUUCUCGACCACUCAUAGAGGAUUUCAAUGGGGUUAACCGAUAGCCGCAAAAUGGCAAAAAAGUUUAGCCUUUAACCGUAAAAAUUGAAAAAUGCUUACAGUUAGUCGUAAAAAGUAUUAACCGUAAACAGUUUUGUUUAAUCGCAGCAGAAAAAAAUUAACUGUUAGCCGUAAAAUAGCCAAAAUUUUGAACGAUAGCCGAGAGAGCCAUCAAUCCAUGGAGGCCCUCUUUUGAGUUUAUUAUUACCUCUCAGUUUGGUGGUAUUCUCUCUAAAAAUAAUAAAUAAUUUUUUGAAGUCUCAUUCGAGAUGAUGGUUUUUUAGUACCUCUCAUAAAAUAUUGAUCAACAUGUAGAGAAGUAGUAGUCCUUUCGAAACGAGCCUGUAGAACAGGCGCCAUUUUUUGAGAGGGUUCUGAGAAAGGUCUUCUCGAAAAAGAAUAUGAAAAUCAACUAGAGAUAAGGAACGACUGAGAAAACGAAAGAGUUGAGUUGUCAGAAGUCCCUUACUUUAAGCGAGACCACGCUGAAACACUAAGCGCAUUGACCAUUUUUCUCUUCUGUCACCACCAGGCCCUCCGAGCGGUUCCUUUAACAUCACGAACACAGAGACGUGGUUAAACUCCACAAGUUUCAUACUGAAAUGGACUCGCCCACCCCUGGACGGGGGUGAUCCUAUUCUGAUUUACGACAUUGAGUAUAGCAAGGCUGACGCCGAUGGAAAGUUUGUCCACUGGAAUUCACGGAAGGGUAUUGGUGCGCAAGAGUACAACGUGACAGGAUUACAGGGAGGGUCUAGGUACGAGUUUAGGGUAUUCGUGUCUAACAUCGCUGGAAGGAAAAGAGAGCCCGCGAGGAAGGAAUUUAAUGUAUACAGCGGUGUAGGAGGAGGACCCUCCCCAGGUAAAAACACAUAAGGUUUGAUCAUAGUAAGUGCAGUUAUAAGCCAUUCAUUUACAAGCCGACUGUAUUGCGCAAAGGGCUUUCCUUGGCGAUGCCAUUACGAAAAUUAAGGUGGCUCUGAAUAGCCCUCUGGCGGACACCAGCUAUCAACGGUUUACAGAUAGGAAGGAAGGCUUGAAAAAAUUAUGAUGGGUGGGGGGAUAAAGUUUUCAAGUUGUGUGACCUUUCCUGUUUUAAGUUUCAACACAAACAAUUUUGUUCUACAUAAUCUCUUGUGUUUCUUUUUUUCUACGUUUGGUAAAAAUUUUGGAACAUCAGGCUAAGAAAUUUUCCUGGGGGCUACUCGCAGUUAAUAUGCAUCUGUCAUAAUCGUGUCUUUUUCCAGUCCCUGCUCAUAGAUGUUGUAUUAGUAUGUUUACAAAGCAAGACUUUCAGACUUAAUCCUGACGUACCUAGCAACACCAGGUUUUUCCAGCGCAAUAAAACUCUCACCCACAAUCAACUCUUUUUUGUCUAAGAAAUGCUGAAUACGAGUUAUCUAUGCUACAACCGCGCGUUAAUUAUUUUGAACGAAGUUUUAGCCAUAGCGGGGCUUUUCUAGGACAUCACAUACAGAUAGAAAUUACACAAUUAAACUCCCUAAGUGAAUUAUAAACAUAAAAAUAUUAAGGAAACACAUCUCCCAAACUGAUACCGUCUGACUCUUUAAUAAAAUAUUCAUACACGGCAUCCCUGUAAGGCAUGUUAACUUGUAAAACAAGUUGUUAGCUUUGCGUAGUUAGUUUGUUUUAUCCUUUCAAAUAAUUGUUCGUUUUUACCUGAAUGGAAACACCGUGUAAAAAUUAAGUUUAACUAUUAUUACCAAUACUGGAACUAAUAGCUACCUUUAGUUUAGACUAAAACAGUGGAUAGCGUCGAAGGCGCGCUCCGAUUGGCUAUUCUAAUUCCGAAUAUCCUUUGCUACGAGCAACUCGUGCGGGAUUUGCGCCCAAAAAUAUUGUAAUCGUUGCAGAAUUGAAUAAGUUAAAAUCAUCUUUUUGUGCUAUAUUAUCUAACUGUUUUAGCAUAUUCUAAAACAACUUUUCACCUCAGUGUCGGCGGCUAGUAGUGGAUAUUUACCUCGCUGGUUAGCGGCUUAGUAAAUAUUAACGGCUAGCCACCUCCACUUCCGUACAUAGAUGUUAAUUAUAUAUCGCUUUCCCUCCUCAAAGGUACAGGAACAGGAACAGGAAUACUGCCCACUCAGCCAGUCCUAGUAUACGACAUCUCAGUCAACUGCACGUCAUCUUACAUGCAAGUCGACUUUGCCCUGAAAUCUACUUAUCUUGAUGUCGAGACUUUCCGCUUUGAAAACAAAUCCUGCGGUCCUCUCACCGUCAGCUCUACGCGUGUUUCCUUGAGAACACCGCUGGACGCCUGCGGGACCUCAAGUCGGCAGAGCGAGGAAUCCAUAACUUAUUUCAACAAAGUCGUAGCACAAACCAAAGAUCAGAAAACUGUGUACGUCGUUGAAUUUCCGUUCUCUUGUACAUACAACAGACAAGAUACAAUCGGAACUCCAAGUUUUCAACCAAGAAAAAAGAUCACCUUUUUUGAAGGUAAAUUUUGUUAUAAAUUCGGGAUCGGUGUGAGUAUCUGAGCCAUCCCUUAAAACAAAACACAUUCAACUGAUAUCAAGGUAGGGUUAAUGUUGGGUUAGAGGAGGGGUUGGUGCGCAGUUUCUCAUAUACUGACAUGGAUCCUAAAUUUCUUUGUAUUUUUGAGCCAAAGUGUGAUCAUGACGGAAAUAGGAAAUGUUAUUUAGAGAUAAACAUCCCUUGGCGAAAGCUACUGUAACACUUAAAUUCUGUGAACAAAAGAACGAAAUUUCUCCUAAAAUAAGAGUACAAAUGUUUCAGGCGUAGUGCUUUAUCGUCAUGAUCAUAAUUUGUUCGUUCGCGCUCACCCACAUAUCACUACCACACUCUUUUGAUCACGCCUGUGUAUCACGCACUCUCACUUAAUCAUCAAUUUUGGAGUUGAACGUAAGCCCUUUUUGGAAGCAGAAUGUCAGCAAAACAAAAGAGGCCAAUAUAGAAUUUAAGAGGUUAUUUCCUCUAUCUUUUUUUAGAGGGGUAUGGUAACUUCUCAUUUGAGAUGGGUCUGUACCGAAGUGCCGAGUACUUGAAACCGUAUGAUGUAUCAGAAUACCCGGUGAACAUCGACCCAUUCGGUCAGUUGUACUGCCAAGCAAAAUUGGACACCUCGGACCCAGACCUCAUCCUCCGUGCUGACAUGUGCGUGGCCACACCCAGUAUGGACCCAUCACACAGCGUACAGUACAAGUUUAUCGACAACGGGCGAGUAUUUUGUUAAAUAGCAUAGACGCAAGUGAAAUAUCGUUUGAAAUUUUACUACACGUCUCGUUUAAGCAUCAUUGUCCUCUGUCAUCAGCCACUUUUUUCUUGUUUACAUAAGAGUAUUCCUUUGAACUAAGAGGUGAUGCAGUAGUUCAAAAUCAUCUGGUCCUCAUUUUUAAAGCUAGGCUUGCGGUAAAGUUGUCUAUUAUGAUAUACAGUGUGUAUACAGAAGGACUAUGCGGACAUCAGUACAUUAACUACGUCUUCAAACAUUGGAAGUAAGUAAGAAAGGUGAUUGUUAGUGGGGGCUUCCGUCCCCCCUAAUUAAUUCUCCGAAUUGUUAGCAAGACACUUUUUUCCGCGAAAAUUAUCAGGCUGCGUAAUUAUCUUUUUUUUCUCUCACUCGACAGAGUAGGGCUAUUAAAGAAAAAUAAAUAAAUAAAAAAAUCAAACCGUUCCAGGACCAUGCUUUUAAUCCACACUAUUGUUUUUGUCCUUUCCAGUUGCCCUAUUGAUAACGGGACGGAUUACACCCACACUUUGACAGACACGCAGCGCUUUCAGCUCGUGCCGUUUCGUUGGAUCGCAAAUUACACUGUGGUUUAUCUUCAUUGUAAUGUCAUCGUCUGUCACAAGGAAGGAAAUUCACGCUGCAGCAAAGGAUGUCAGUCAUCAGACCUUCGGCGCAAGAGGAGCACUGGGGACGAAGAGGAACACCGCAUCACCCUCGGUCCUGUCAUGCUCCGCAAACCUCUUCAAUCACAAUCCUAUAGGACGUUUGAAGGUAAUUUUGCACUCAAAUUCUCCACACUGUUCUCUUUGCGUUUCCAAAGGUACCGACAAGGAGAAUUUGUCUGACAGUCGCGAGCAUUUUAAAUUGGUGAUCAUUUCCAUUAUCCUCGUGAUCUUUGCAUUUGAUUCAAGGGUGAUACUUUAAGAAGAAAGUAGCAGUCAGCCUCCGUUUGGGGUAAAAUGGAUAAUACUUGUUUUUAUUUCCGCAUUGUUUGCCCCUAACUUACUACUGGUAAAACAUUGAUUACGAGAUUCACGAAAUUGUUGAAAGGGAUAUGUUUACUGAGGCUUGUGGAGAUCCACCCAUUUACGAAAAGAGUGGAGCAUUAGGCUGCCGGAGUGUGUGGUCCUCUCUCAGCUUAUCCAGCCUGUCCCAGGUAUUCAGUUAGUAAAACGAAGCGCGAUAGUAUACGGUGCAGGAGUGAAAAAGGGAGGCUUGGGUUGGUUUGCGUUCUCCACGCGACCCGACCCGGCCCAGACUUCCCUCGUUUAGGUUUUGCCGACUGAACGCCUGGAACAGGCUAAGCCUACUGCACUGACAUGGUUGUGGUGCAAAAUGCUCGGAGUAAUCAGUUUGUGAAAGCGGUCUAAGAUUCGAGCGUAGAUUCAUUUACUCCACAAUCCUCUCUUUAAAGCGUUCGUCCAGUAACACUUUCUUUAUCUGGUCUGCAGAUCCUGUACGUCAAUCAACUAACGUUCACAGCCUCCCUUUAUGGGUAAUAAUUCUUGUUAUUUGUGGGACAGUGGUCGGAGUUGGUUUGGUACUCAUCGGCAGUGUACAGCUCUACUGCUUUGUGGCAGCAAAAUCUCAAAAUGGGGCAGCCGCUAUCGGAGAGAGUCAUUCAGAAGAGAUAGAACUUUUCUGCUCCGAAAAUGUUUAGGUUGUCUUCUGUCUCAAUUUUUUUAUUAUAAUAUAGGCAUAGAGGGGUAGGAAGAUUUAGGGUAAAAAGGAAUUUCAGGAAACUACAAGAGUGCGAAAGUAGAGAAAAUAGUAAAGUAACUCGGGUUUGAUGAAAACUUCAUUGACCUGCUUUGUAUACUACCUCCUGGGAAGGCGCAGUUACGUUUCCUCGGAAAGGCGUGGGGCACAGUCUGUGAUAACUAGAUUGCAAAAAUAAAGGCCAUGUUACAAUGCGCACCGCAAUCCAAGAAAAGGAGAUCGAGGUACACCUCAGGUAAACAACAGACUCGAGAGAGGGGUCCUUUCAAAGGGCUUCUGGACUCGGUCCCCACCUGAAGACCAAAUGGCAUAAAUCAAGAAGAAAACCUGUCUAAAACAGAAGUGAAGGGUUGUGUUCGUUAAAUAUUAUAAGGUAUCUCUGCAGCUCUGUAUGCGCUUUUGCGUGCUUGUAUAUUCUGCUUUCGUUCGUAGGAUGGUCAUGUUAGGCGAGCAAAUUAAGCCUGGUUAACAGAACAUUUGAAUACAUGCUAGUUCAAUUUCCGUACGUUUCUAUCCAGUAAACUAAGUUUUUCGUUAGAAAACUAUUGUGCAAAUUUCAAUAAAUGGAACUUUCUCUUAUUUCUCCUCGAGAAUAACUUUUCUUGUGAAACUUCGCCAACCUCUACUUUCCUGAUUAUAGGGAAGAGGUACACUAUUUCUGUGCGAACAAUCUAGUUCCUAGGUAUUCUCUAGGAAAUAAGAGAGAUUCUGGAAACGAUAUGGCUGUGGAAGGCGGUUGGAGAGCAUAUUGAACCUCGCAGAGGAGAGAGAAACAUGAAACCAAAACGCCAAAUCCCAGGGAGCUUAGAGAGAUACUAAAAACUUCUGGAAAGGAUAUACUUUCGCCCCCGCCUUACGAAGCUACUCACAGUAUCCUCAAAAAUUCUUAUUCAACCAGGUAAUGAAAUCAAGCCACCAGAUCCAUCAGAUGCUAAGGCAACGCAUGAUAACCAAAGUUCAUAAAGCGA